CGAAUAUCGUCGUUCAACACCAUGAGAUUCCUCUUUUUAAUACUCGCUGUGGCGCCCGUGCUAGGAACGGAAUUGCACAGCCACGUCCGAGAACGGAGGCAGCAAUCUAAUUACCGAUCCUACAAUCAGGCACCGGCGUCGAUCAGGCAGAUAUUGGCCGCGCAGCAGGCUCGCGAUCCGAUCGUUCAUCUUCCGCCGCAGCAGAUACCGAAUCUGUCGCCCGCCAGACCCAUCGAGCCUCAAUACGUGAAUCAGGCUCAACUGACGUCGUAUCGGCCGCAAGUACAGAUCGCCCAGGCACCUCAGCAGCCAACCUACAAUCAAAUUCCCAUAAAACCAGCUCAGUACAAUCCGCCCCCCGCUGCUCAACAACAAUAUAAUCCGUCGGCUCGCGCUCAAUACAAUCCGUCGGCUGCUGCUCAACAAUACAAUCCGGUGGCCGCUGCUCAGCAGUACAAUCCGGUGGCCGCUGCUCCGCAAUACAACCCGGCGGCCGCUGCUCGACAGUACAAUCCGGUAGCCGCCGCUCCGCAGCAAUACAAUCCGCAGUACCGCACUAAUUUUGCGCCGGCGCCACAAGCACAGCAGCCGCAGCAAGUUGCCCAGCCUAAUUAUCAGUAUUCCAGAAAUCUGCCGCCGCAGCUCCAGCAGCUUCUGCAGAUCCAGCACAAUCUGCCAAACGCUAUUCCGCAAGGACGGCAAGGAUAGCGAGGAUAACGGAUCACUCUAAUUACAACAAUUAGAACGAUAAUAUCGAUAUCGUUGCAUUUUCGUAAGAUCACUGAUCGCCUCAUUCCUCACGAUCGUCUCAUUCAUUGCAGUCGAUGAAUUCGUAAUGCAUAUAAAACUUUCACUGACAGCGAAAUGUAAAAUGCGAGAUUUCAAAUUACUGUUAUUCAUGAAUAUUCAUAAAUAUUUUUUUAUAAACGACAUCUCUGCGUUAUCUUGUUGAGACGAAAUAUAAAUCGAGAGAAAGUUUUAAAAAUUUAUUCUUAAUAAAUUAUGAUAAUUAAAGAAGAAAGUUAAUUUUGUCGCAGAACUUAUGUCUUUAUAAUAAUUGGCAUUUUCAGUUUUUCAACUCAUCUUCGCAUUUAUUUCAUUCCAUUUCACUUCAUUUCUUUCGAUAUCAUUUCAUUUGUUUUAUAAGUGCAUUGGGAUUUUCUUCAAAGUGGUUUGAUAAAUUUUGCGGAAACAUGUAUUGUACAAAAAUUGUGGAGAGAAGAGAAAACUUGCGUAAAUAAAAUUUCACUCC